AUGGAGUCCAAGCCCCUUCACGGCAUCUCUCAAGGUCUCGCCACCAUCAACGGCGUCACAAAACCUCUGAUUGGCCCCCACGGACGAGACGAGGUGGCCUGGCGCUUCAUUGAAGGAGUUCUCGCAAAUACCAUCCCAAAACUCGAAUACGCCGAAAAGUGCUUCGUACGAGGGACAUUGAAUCCUUUCUUCUGGAGCCCCUACGACAAAGGCUACCGCGACCGCAGGGGCGAUGAAGGCGUUGCGGGAUUCCUGUUCGACGCAUCCGUAUUUCAACUCCGUGAACGACGUCUCCCUCUACGUCCAGGCGAAAAAUAUCGAGAAUGGGAAGCUUGGAAGCAUUUAAAAUCGCGACAUCAAGAAUCCCCGUCGUGUGCGUCGUGGAGGCGCAUGUUCAUCUCUCAGCCUCCGGUGGAAAGAAUUAGCAUUCAUAUACCGCUUGAAAGUUGGGAUAACGAUUUCGAUGGGGAGAGGUAUAGCUAUUCUCUCCCUGAUGGCAAACCUAUCACCAUGCAGGAUAUGGUGAGAGAUGUCCCGGACGAAGAGGAGGGGAGUCAGAAUCGCCACCUAUUCCGCAUGGAAAGCGUUAUUGAUCCGCUGCCAGUUCAUGAUUUCUAUUUGAUGUAUACGAUGGAGGGAAGUCGAGGGGCGAGGAAUUGGGCGCUUGCGAAGGGGUUUGAUUGGAAGGGACGGAAUAUCGAGCUUGUUGAUGACGAGGAUGAUAGUGACAUGAUUCAACGGGCGAGAACGAGUGCUGGAGAUUUGCAGAUGGCUGGGGAGCAAGAUCAUAACUCUACUUCUGAUAUACUGGGAUAUGAAGAGCUUAUUCAAGCAAGGAACAGAAGAUUUCAUGCGACAAAUUAUCCCGGUUUCAGACGAUCAAUUUGA